AUGGAUGAAGAUGAUACACCGGUCGUUGAAGUACAGUACAACGGGAUGUUCAUCAACAAACCAUUUAUCUAUUUUGAUCCAGAUAAAAAGGAGAUAAUGUACGCCGAUUCCAGGGAGAAGGGGUAUGUUGAAUUCAUUGCUCACCUCAACGUGAUUACUAGAAGAAUGUGCAAAUAUGUAUACUAUUGUCCAGAUGGUCAAACAUUGUGUCAAGGAUUGGCCACAUUGCAGAACGAAUGUGAUUACCAUGAAUUUCUUGAGUCUCUUCUUGAGAAAAAGAAAGUAACUGUGUAUGUGUACCAUAUGCAUGAACCCCUUUUUGAGUGGAUUGAAAUGGAAGAGCCUGAAGUUGAAGAUGAUACCAACUCCAACGCAGAUGAAGGUGUUGAUUCAAUGUUAAUAGAUAAAGAGUGUUAG